UUCCCAUUUCCGAACCGGAAUUGUCGUCCGCUUCAAGUACAUCAUCUGAUCCGCUGCUAUUCAUCCAACCUGUGACCCGUAUAUAAAAAAGCACACUGGGCAGAGCUCUUCUCCUCUCUUUCCAUCAAUCGUCGCACUGGCGUACCAGGAUGCCUCGCGAUGCUCUCGAAUACGAGGAGGCAGACGAGGAGGAGCAAGCCGAUCUCUUCGGAUCAGAAAAUGAAAGGGCGGAAAGUGACGUUGAGGACGAUACCAAUCCUGAGUUCAGCGAAUACAACACUGCUGUGCCUAUCGGUACCUCAGUCGAUGGACCAUGUUUCACAUCCUCAGCACAUGCUGGUCCCUCCAAACUAUCUAAAAAGCGGGAACAGGCUCCAGUAGCCAUUCAAUGGCCCGAUGCCCAGACCCGCUUGGCCGACUUGAGGGAUAUGAAGAGGUACAAUAUUCCAUUGGGCUCAGCAAAUGGUGUCAAGAGCUUGAAGGAGGCCUGCAUGUUCGUGAUCAGAAGCAACGGGAAGAAUAUCUGGCAUAUUGGCGACGUCCCCUAUACAUUACUCAAACCGUUUUUGGAUUAUCUGCCCGCGAGCCAGCUCGCAGAGGUGGAAGACAAUUCCCCCAGUCUGAAGAAGGAUACCGACUGGUUGUGGGAGAUUUUCCUCCUUCAAGAAUUCCCCUUGUAUCAUGAGAAGGUACGCGAGCGCAAAGGCGAGCCCAGGACGCAUGGCUGGAGACGGAUGUACAGAGACGCCCACGAAGACGCAGAGGAGAGAAAAGCAGCAGCUACUGCUCGUGCAACUGCUCUAUACAAGCGUUUAGAGGAGGAGAAGAAGGCAAAGAAAAUUGUCAGAAUGGAUCAUCCACCGCCAGAGACGAACAAGAGGCGAAAGCAUAUUGUAGGAUCAGUACCGGCUAUCGCAGCCUCUGCAGCGAUGAUGAAAGCCCGCUCCGAGAUAAAUCGGGCUCGAAUCUCUGUAGCUCACGCCUCUGGGAAAGUCACUGCGCCGCCUCGAACUACCGGACAGGGUAGCAAUCAGCUCUUUGUCAACCCCUAUCUUGCCAAAUCUGGUCCAUCUGGUCCAGUUGCUCAACCGUUUCCAAGUUCUGUAAAGCCGCUCAACAAUCGUAUACCUAUGCCAAAGGUCAAACUCCCUCCAAAUGGUGGGAUGAGACCCGGCGGUCACUCAAAGACUGGACCUAAUCCCGCCCUCGUAAACAAAACAUACGAUACUCCUCCACUGGCCACCAAGAAACCGGACAAGAGCGCGCUGAACGACUUCUUCGAUUCGUCACCUCGAGCGGUGCACUCAAAACCAUCUACCAGUUCGGACAAGCUCGACCGAAUUGAAGCCAAAGAUGCAUCAGGCCGAGCUUCGAAGCGCACUUCAUCAGUCGUAGACCCGUCAAAGGGGCUCUUCAUGGCCAAAAAGCCCCGAUUGUCUGGCCGCUAGAACCAGUAUACCACGCGAAUGUCCGGUUGUACCAGAUCCUCGCCGGUUUGUCCCUCAACAUCGGCUCAGUUUCAUCAUCUCUCGCAGCCCUCUUCCCGUCCAUUGUCCAUGACAUUUCCAUCCUCUCGAUAAUUGUAGUGAUCAGUCGAAACACUUUAGCAGCUUAGACAAUACUCUUCACUUGUUUAUCCUUGCAUAGAUCGAUCAGGUUGCGGGACUGCGGCAAUGUGAAUGCGGCA